CGCUUCCUGGUCCUGGGGUCCAAGUUCCGCUACAGCGGGCGCACCCAGGCCCAGAGCCGGCAGGCCAGCUCCAUGAUCGACCGGCCUGCCCCGCGCUUCACCCGCUCCGCCAGCAAGAGGCUCUCGCGGAACCUGGACGAAGCUGGAGAUGGGUCUCUCAGCCGCCCGCAGAUCUGAGGUAGAUGAUUGGUUCCUGGUGCUGGAGUCCGACCGGCCACGCCCCUCUCCGGCACCAUCAGCUGUGAUCUGUCCCUCAGCCGGCCUGCGGUCUGGCCGUACUCCGGUCCGGGCCUGGUCCGGUCAGUAUGGCGCCACCUGGUGGCAGCCAGGCCAGAGGCAGGAAGACCUGUGGUUUCCGUUGCUUCGACGCCGUCCUUCUCUUCCCUUUAUCCCGUCUGUUGAGGCCGUGAAGCAGCCAGUGUCCUCGGCCAGACUCGGCUAUGCCAACAGGAGUUCUGUGGAAAGACUAUUACAACCAGCGUUUAAAAAGCGAGACGACUGGUACCAGUACUUCGACCCGAGUUUCACCAUCAAGCAACAGGAAACGCGUCCAUCCUCCUCCCUGGCCUCCUCCAUCACCUCCUCCCUAGCCCAGGCACGGUCUGAGUACGUGAAGGGGGGUGUUGUGAGAGACAGUGAGUUCAUUGAGAGAUGGCAGGAGGCCUUAGGCUUAGUGGACGAGCUGAGCGAAAUGGAGGAUUUGGAACACAGGUUGAGGGGGGUGAGGGAUCUCGAAGACAGGCUUCAGGAAGUGGACGAGCUAGUGGAGAGGAUCCAGGAAGUGAUCGAGGAGGAGUUAGGGAGGGAGGAAGUGGAAAAGAUGGCACAGGAAGAGGAAGUUCAACCAGAGAGAUCACAGGUAGAGAUGGAGUUGGCGGAGACGCUGGAGGUAGGCGAGGUUGACGAAUUGGAAGAUGAAAUAAAACGGGUGUUUUUCGGGGAGAGGGAGGUUGAGGAGAGGUUUAAAUCUGGGUCGUUAGACGACGACGUUCACGUCGUGGUGAGCCAGAGGAAGGUUAGGAAGACGGUCACUGUCGUCCAGGAAAGUUGGCAAGAACAAGCAGAGACAGAGUCAGCGUCAGAAUCAGUGGAGCCGGAGACGCAAGGAUGGACAAUUGAAAGAGAAAUCAGAACAACAUCUGUGUUUGAGGAAAAGGGGUUCAAAGUACUUCUUCAGGAAGACGGGUUCAAUAUACCCCUUCAGGAAGACGGGUUCAAUAGACACCUUGAGGAAGAGGGGUUCAAUAGACAACUGCAGGAAGAGGGGUUCAAUAUACCCCCACAGGAGGAGGGGUUCAAUAGACACCUGCAGGAAGAGGGGUUCAAUAGACACCUUGAGGAAGAGGGGUUCAAUAGACACCAUGAGGAAGAGGGGUUCAAUAGACACCUGCAGGAAGAGGGGUUCAAUAUACCCCUUAAGGAAGAGGGGUUCAAUAUACCCCCACAGAAAGAGGGGUUCAAUAUACCCCCACAGGAAGAGGGGUUCAAUAUACCCCUUAAGGAAGAGGGGUUCAAUAUGCCCCCACAGAAAGAGGGGUUCAAUAUACCCCGACAGGAAGAGGGGUUCAAUAUACCCCCACAGAAAGAGGGGUUCAAUAUACCCCCACAGGAAGAGGGGUUCAAUAUACCCCCACAGAAAGAGGGGUUCAAUAUACCCCGACAGGAAGAGGGGUUCAAUAUACCCCCACAGAAAGAGGGGUUCAAUAUACCCCCCCAGGAAGAGGGGUUCAAUAUCCCCCCCCAGGAAUCACAGGUGGAGGAUAAUGAUGUCUGGUUCCGGCUGUUUGACCGCUUACCUUACAAGGCUGUUUCCAAACCACAAGCAGCCUCUACAGUACCAGCAGAAGAAUACUUUACCUCAAAGAGUAUAACAACAAAGGUUUUGGAGAGAAGGGAGGUCCUGGUUGAUGAGAUGAAAACCAGAGGACCACAGGUCCUGGUUGAUGAGUUGAGCCCUGCAGGAACACAGGUCCUGGUUGAUGAGUUGAGCCCUGCAGGAACACAGGUCCUGGUUGAUGAGAUGAGCACCAGAGCACCACAGGUCCUGGUUGAUGAGAUGAGCACCAGAGGAGCAGAGGUCUCUGGGGGCUGGGAGGAUGUUUGGUUUAUCUUGAUGGACGUCAUUCCCAGAGGAACCCCGUUUGUCCCGCCAGUGACCUCUGUGGCCAGCGACCAGGAGCCGGCAAAACAGAGUUAUUCCUCAGAGAUGAUUCAAAGCCCAGCAGUUGAGGACGAGAGGGAGGUGAUGGUAGAGGAGGAACGUCUUGCACCGGAAGAGACGAGGGACUCACCCGAUAUACUAGAGGUUCUGGAGAGGGUUGCAGACGACUGGUUUGUGCUGUUCCAGGUCACCCCAAGAAAAACGACCUAUGUGUCACCAGUAGCUACCACUGUGGAGCGCGACCAGAAGGCUGUGGAACUGAGUUAUCCAACGGAGACUGCAGGUCCAACCGUUGAGGACCAAAGGCAGGUGGUGGUAAAUGAGACCAUUCUCCAACAGCAGGAGACGGCAGGCUCACAAACCAUCCCAGCGCCAGUGUCUGUGGCGGAGAGGGUUGAGGAUGACUGGUUUGUGCUGUUCAACCGUGUCCCAAGAAAAACCACCUACGUAACCCCAGGAGUUGUGUCUCAUCUCGGGAAUGUGUUUGCAUUAGUGACCUCUGUGGCCAGCGACCAGGAGCCGGCAAAACAGAGUUAUUCCUCAGAGAUGAUUCAAAGUCCAGCAGUUGAGGACGAGAGGGAGGUGAUGGUAGAGGAGGAACGUCUUGCACCGGAAGAGCCGAGGGGCUCACCCGAGAUACUAGAGGUUCUGGAGAGGGUUGCAGACGACUGGUUUUUGCUGUUCGAGGUCAUCCCAAGAAAAACGACCUAUGUGUCACCAGCUGCAGCUGAUGAAGCGAGUGUACGUGAGAUUCCAAAAACGACAGCCAUGACACUGAUUGAGAAGACAACAACUGAUGAAAGGGAGGAGAUAACUGGGGCCAUUGUGCAAAAAAUAGAGAUGGAAAACAUGUUCAAGUAUGGAACUGAAACACAGCCAGCCCUGCUCCUUAAAGACGGAGAAGAUGACUGGUUUGUCUUACUGGAUGUUGGCUCUAGAGCGCCAUCUGCUGUGCCACCAGGAUCUCCCGUGUUUCUCCCAGUGGCCCUGAAGGACCUAUCUAGAAGAGUCACUACUGUGGCUGCAGUGGAAACCAUUGAGUCUGUGGACCGAGUCCGUUGGACUUCUUCAACUGUGGUCACAGUUGAAGAAGUCCUCCAGAAACAGGAGGAGAGGCCUCCCAGACGGUCCAUUCCAGAGCAGGCAGUCCCAACGAGGGAGCCAGACGAUUGGUUUGUGCUGUUGGAUGUUGUUCCCAGAGAGGUGACCUAUAUAGCUCCAGCAGCGCCCAGUACCGUUUACCCAGAGGUCUCUGUACCUCUCCAAAUCGUCACAGAAGAAGCUGAGCUUACGCCACAGCUGGAAGACAUUCCCAGGAAGAGGGGUACCCAGCUGGAAGACAUUCUCCAGCUGUCGGCUCAGCCUCCACCUGAGAGAGACGACAGCUGGUUUGUGUUGUUCGACGCUGUCCUCAUCCAACCAGUGACGCGUCCUCUGGUGUCUAGCCAGAGCUCUGGGGUAGAGGGUAGGACCACUGGGACAUUGCAGAAGGUGAUAAUUGUGGAGGAGAGAAGGCGAGAGGAGACAAGUCUGUCUGAUGUCCAAGUGACACGCUACCCCUCAGAGAGGAAGGGAGGAGAUGAGUGGUUCAGCCUAUUCGAUGCUUCCCGAGUUUCCCCGGUAACAAGAGUGGCCGAAGUUCAGGGGCCCAUGGCAGGGACAGCUCUGAGGGGCCCUAGCUCUGAGGAGAGGGCCGUAGUGAUGGAGAAGAAGACCGUAGUGAUGGAGGAGAGGGUGGCGGUGAUGGAGGAGAGACGUCCCCAGGAGCCCACUGAGUCAGAGAGCGAGUAUGGAAUUGUCUGGCAUAUGCUGUUCGGAAGGGUUGGGGAAGCAGGUAGAAAGAUGCCAACAGUGGAGCGUGUCAGGGUGUCCCCCAAGGAGAGAGCCUCUGAGGGGGUUCCUGCGGUAGAGCAGACUCCCUCCAGAGGUUCUGCAGUGAGGCAGAUAAGGCAGCAGGAAGCUGUUCCUCAGCCGGGGAAUGAGGUAGAAGACUAUUGGUUCGGUCUUCUGGACGUGGCGCCUAAGAAACCAGUGGCCACGGCCCCGCAAGUCCGGUUCUAUCCAGACGUACGGCCUGCUACCAAGGCAACGCUGGCACCGGCGGCCCCAGCUCUCCGACCUCUGACACCGGCGGUCCCAGCGGUCCGACCUCUGACACCGGCGGCCCCAGCGGUCCAACCUCGCUUCGGGAAGAGGAUCCUGGCGGAGAGGCUCCCAGCAGCGCAGCUCAGAGAGGCUGUGGACGAUUGGUUUGUUCUGCUGGACGCUGUCCGCACAGAGUCAGUGGCGGCGGUGGGCUCCCACCGGGGGGUGCGUCCCGUCAGCGCCCCGGUCUUCUCCCAGGCCGCCCUGGCGGAGGCGGGGCUGCCGCUGUUCCCCCUGGACCUGCCCCAGACCUCCACCCCGCUGCGGAGCGCCCGCCAGGAGGAGCGCCGGCUGGAGGUCACCAUGGAGGCGGCGGAGCCCGCCAAGGGCGAGGCCGGCACCGAGGACAAGUCUGAGGAGGCCACCUCGGAGCCGGUGCGACUGCGCAAGAGAAGAGCUAAGAGAAUUGAGGGAGACUCGAUUUAUAUCAGACAUAGCCUCUUAAUGUUGGAGGAGCUGGAGAAGCCCCAGGAGGAGCUCCUCCGUCACCACGCCAGUGUCAGUGAGCUGAAGAGGAACUUCAUGCAGGCGGUGCCCGACUCGCGGCCCAGCGAGUGGGACAAGCGCCUCUCCACACACUCCCCCUUCCGCACCGCGGGGGCCAACGGGGGCCCCGGCACCGACGGGAUCACCAGCGACGGCUCGGACGGAGACAAAGACAGCAGCACCACCUUCUCCUCAGAGGGCGGAGUCACCACGACCACCACCCGCAUCUCAAAGGUGGUGAAAAGUGGAUCCACAGAGACUCGCGUCGAGAAGAGAAUCGUCAUCAGUGCAGAAUCUGAAGUUGAGGAGGGAAACGAUGGAACAUCAAUGUAGGCUGUGAACCGUCUUCCUCAGUUCUGUCCAGCCCACAUGUUGGUGCUCACAGCCCCACAGCCAAUCAGACCACAGUCACCUGACCACUCACCCCCAAUCAGACACAGCUAGCGUUCCGUCUCCUUAACGUGUGCACCUAACACUAGCUGGCUUAGUAGAUACGUCUUCGUAGAUAAUUCCUUCAUGGAAAUUCAAGUGAAGCUUCCAAACAUUGCUUUUGCUUUUUUAACAAAUGCUUAUUCUCACAUGGUGUUCAAAACAGACACACAAAUUAUACACGUUCUAUUUGGCAAAUUAAUAGGAUUUUUUUCUAUUUUAUUUUUUAUGGGUUUAUUAAUUCCCCCCUUCAAUUUUUUUUAUUUUCCUUUUAAAUUGUACCCAGGUAUUAUUUUUUAUUAUUGUGGCCUACGCAGAUUUUGUAACAUUGAACAAUGAAACCCUUGUUUGCUCAGACUUCUUCAAUAUUUAAUAUACCUCACUAAAUACAACAAUGACGUUAUGUGCUAAAUUUGGAUAGCUUAUUUCUCAGGUAAACAAAACUCAAAACAUAUUUCUCCUACAUGUAGCCAACUUUCAGUAGCUUACCCAUUAUUGUAAAGUUUGAAAUCAAAAUUUUUAAAUAUAUUUUAAAAUAUUUGUAUUUUAUAGAAUUAAUACUUUUGUAGCGUUUGUAUAAAAUGGGCGUUUGUACGUUAUGCAUACAAUCUGCUUAUUCAGUUCUAGGUUAAAAAAAUUUACUUACAAGUUGCUUUUAUUUAAUAAGGGACCAUAUCCAUAAUAUUCUUCAUGUGCACUACUGAAUAUGUCCACUAGUUUCAAACUGUCCUGAGCUGUUAGCCACCCUGUGCACUACUGAAUAUUUCAAACUGAACGAUGUCACACUUCUACCACUUCUCCAUUGACCUUCAUCAUUCUUCAUGUUCAUCAUCAAUUCCCAAUAUUUGACAACGUUUGGUCUGCGAAUCUCAGGUUUUAAUAUUGUUUGUGUGACUACAGACCUCGUAGUGAUUGUAUAAGGAAUGUUCACAUGUUUAUAUCCAUCCAUGACAACCUCAACCGUCUCCAGCAAGUCGAGGUUGAGUGAUGUGAAGCUUGGUUUCCACGGCAACCACGCAACCAGUGGGGGGUGAAGGCAGCUCUUCUGCCACGGAGGGGGGGGAUGGGGGGGGGCAUUGGUCGGUCUUUUGUGCAUGUUCUGCUACACAGUAAUUUAUUUGUAAAGUAGACACUUUAAUGUGGUUUGUCCUGUGAGUUUUCUAAACACAAGUCUGUCUGCAGGCUCCUUCCAAGAUAUGUCACAAUGAUGAAUUUUGCGUUUCUAUCGACAAAGUUUUGCAAAGAAGUUUGACUGCACCUAGAGUAGGAUAUUCUCACUCGCUUUACGCCACAACGCUUCUACCGAGGGUAGAACUCACUCGCUGUGUCCCACUCUUCUCCAGACGAAGAGCACACCUACAGUGGAAGCCUUUUGAGAUAGUUUGCUCUUUUAUGAAAAAGUUUGUUCAUGUAGCCCUCCAGUUGGUCCAAAGGGAAUUAAAUGUAGAAUAGCUUUUAGACUUGAAAAAAAUAGCAAUGCUUUCUUGUGACUUGUCUUUUUUUUUUUUUAUAAAAGCUAAUAAAUCUUAAUGUGCACAGAUA